AUGGCUACGUCCGAGCUAAGCGGCUUAGUGAGCAUGCGGGGCCGAAUUAAGAGUAAGCUGACAAUGUUUAAAACAUAUCUCGAAAAGGCGGCGACAGACUCUGUUAAACGUGCGGAGCUGCCUAGCAGGCUAGAAAAGGCUGAAGGGCUUUGGCAUGAAUACAAUAUGGUUCAGAAUAAAAUCGAAGAUUUAGAUACUUCAGAAACGCAAUUAAUUGAAAGAGAGAGUUUUGAAGAUUCAUAUCAUGCCAUUAUAACCUCAGCCAGAGCACUUCAGCCGCGACCAGAUCGAGCAAGUCAAUCAAAUUCGGUAAAUUUCACUCUUGAGCCAUCAACAAGCGAUCACCAAUUUAAUAUCCUUUCUCAGCCACAAAGGCCGACUAAAGUAAAACUGCCAAACAUAGAGUUGCCAAAGUUCGACGGAAAUUACAAUAGAUGGAUUCCAUUCCGCGAGUUAUUUGAAUCUCUGAUAGAUGCUAAUACAUCCUUGCCACCAAUACAGAAGUUGCAUUAUUUAAAACUAUCAUUAACCAACGAGGCUGCUCAGAUAAUACAGUCGUUAGAGCUUUCUAACGCCAAUUAUGAAAUUGCGUGGAAUUUACUGAAGCAGAGAUAUGAAAACAAAAGAUUAAUAGUGCAACAUCACAUGCAAGAAUUGCUCGAUCUGACGCCUAUUACGAGAGAGUCUCACGCUGCGUUGCGACAAUUAUUAGACGGCAUUUCUCAGCAUGUUCAGCCAAUGUUAAUUAAACUGGGGCAACCAGUUGAGCAUUGGAGUACAAUUCUUAUUCAUAUUAUUACGCCUAAAUUAGAUAAGGUCACUAAGAGGGAAUGGAAAUUGAAAAGAGCUACAAUAGACGCAUUUCCUACGCUAGACGAGUUCAUUGAAUUUUUGAACACCCGAAGCGCAUUUCUUGAAUCAUUAUCUCAUUCAAAUAGUAAUGUAAGUUCUGUUUCCAGCACCCACAAAUCAAAUAAUAAGUCCGUUUCUUGCGCAUGUGUGUCAGACGAAGGCUUAAGUUGUCCUAUAUGUCAAGGUCAACACAAAAUAUACGAUUGCAGUACUUUUCGUAACUGGUCGCCAUCAAACCGUUUGACUGAAGCUAAAGGGAAACGACUAUGCAUUAAGUGCCUAAAGAAGUACCAUGGUCGAAGCUGUAAGGCGUCAGGAUGCAGGCGCUGCAAAGGUUAUCACAACACGCUGCUUCAUUUAGAAGGUGUGAGCAAGUCAGAUAAUGUCAAAGAAAAGAAUCAAGCGGAAUCGCCGGUAGAACCAGCCAAGAUAUCCUCUUCAGAUAAACAAACAGUUGCAACGGUUACUCAAGCUUCGACAGCGACGCUCACGCAUUGCACCACGAAGGGACCUCUGCAAGUAAUCCUAUCUACAGCUAUAAUUUAUAUAAAGGAUCGGGAUGGCGCACUUCAUGAAUGCCGCGCUCUCUUAGACAGUGACUCCCAGUCUAAUUUUAUUACGAGCAAAUUGAGUGAUUGUCUCAAACUAUCUAAACAGCAAACCACAAUCACUGUUACAGGCAUUAGUGAGACUCCGUUAAAAAUUAAUCAACAAGUAACCGCUACGAUCCGUUCGUGCCAUAAUGCGUUCCAAACGACACUGCCCUUCUUAACAAUUAAUAGAAUUACGGAGAGGCUGCCAUUAAAUAAAAUAGACGUGCAAGAAGUCCAAAUUCCAGAAGGAAUAACCCUGGCCGAUCCUACUUUUCACACACCCGCUGAAGUAGAUGUGCUCUUGGGAGCAAGUGUUUUUUGGGAUCUUCUGUGUGUCGGACAAAUAAAGCCAUCCAAACAUCAGCCGAUAUUCCAGAAAACUCGAUUCGGGUGGAUAAUUUCGGGAGCGAUGGAAUUAAACAGAACUCCGAUAGUCAUGACAACUUACUGUGGUUUCUCAUCAGAACAGAUGUUGUGCAAUCAACUGCAGAAAUUCUGGCAAAUGGAAGAGGUUGAAUCGAAUUACCAUCUAUCGCCAGAAGAAAUAAAAUGCGAAGAACAUUACAGGAGUACAAUCAGUCGAGCCGAUGAUGAUAGAUUCGUAGUGCAAUUGCCGCUGAAAAUGGAUCCGUCAACCUUAGGUGAAUCGUAUGAUACAGCAAGGAAGCAAUUUCAAGCAAUCGAGCGCAAAUUAAAUCGAGAUCAUCAGUUAAAGAAGCAAUACCACGAGUUCAUGGAAGAGUAUUUCCAACUGGGCCAUAUGUCUGAGGGUAUGUUGUACCACCCGACAACGAUUCCGGUGGUCGCGGCGGAGGAAGAGGUAGCGGAAGCGGAGAGCCCGGUGUACGAGCCAAUCACACCACCGCUACCGAUGGAGACCGAGGAAAGGAAUGGCGUGGAAGAAUGA